AACCAAAGUCUCUCAAGUUGCUAGAGAGAGUCUAGCCAGGAGGACUGCUCGCGGGCGGGCGGCGGGCGGGCGCGGGUUUGAUUUCUGAGCCCUAUAAAAGCCCAUCCUCCGAUGGCUGUGACAAUGUGGUCGUAAACCCGUCCAGGGCCGGCCAAUUUGCAUAUUUGGAAUGCGCAGCUAUAAACCCGGCUGGGGUUUUGCAGCGAUUUCUUAGAUGUAAAAAUGAGAUCUCAAUAGCAGCGGGCUGGGCACAUCCUCUCCUUCUCGCUCCCGAUCUCUCUGCCGGGAGCCUGUUUCCCUCUCUCGGCUGCGGGCUGGAGCUCCGACCGGACCUAGACGCGCAGCCGCCACGAGAUGGCGCACUUCCGAUCAAUGUCAAAGCCGCCGGGGAGCCGGGAACCCCAGCGUGAUUCUUGGCCUUUGUUCGCUUCUGAUACCAAGAGCAGCACGGUACAUUAUUUCACUUGUCCCGCUCCCCUUCGUGUCAGAAAAGAGGGCUCCCGCUCAAGAAGUGGUCGGUGUUGUAAUUUAAAGCAACGCGCAUUCUCUAGGCCUCGCAAGCGUCGCAGCGUGGUGAAGCCAGCUGCCCCCUUGGCCGUGAUUUCGGAAAUGUGUCAAGGCAAUUCCAAAGGCGAAAACGCAGCCAACUGGCUCACGGCGAAAAGCGGCCGGAAAAAGCGCUGUCCCUACACGAAGCACCAGACACUGGAGCUGGAGAAGGAGUUUCUGUUCAACAUGUACCUAACUCGAGAGCGGCGCCUAGAGAUCAGCCGCAGCGUCCACCUCACGGACAGACAAGUGAAAAUCUGGUUUCAGAACCGCAGGAUGAAACUGAAGAAAAUGAACCGAGAAAACCGGAUCCGGGAGCUCACAGCUAACUUUAAUUUUUCCUGAUGAAGCUCCAGACGACGCCGUGUUUUUCGCUUCCAGAGCGCCCGUCCCCUCCCUCUGUCUUCAGCCUCUGCCCAGGAACUCGCACCUGUGCUGAAGCCCUGCUCUUCCCUCCCACACUCGCCAUCUCCUGGGCCGUUCCAUCUGUGCAGGGCUGGUUUGUUCUGACUUUUUGUUUCCUUGUGUUUGCUUGGUGCUGGUUUAUUUGUUGUCUUCUGGGGGAAAAAGCCAUAUUGUGCUAAAAUUCUAUAGAGAGAGAUAUUGUCCCAAGUGUCAAAUCCUGACUGGGCUGGGUUUGCUGUCUUGAGGUCCCACUGCUCGAAAUGACCCCUGUCCUCGGCUGAGCUGGUUUCCUGCCCAGCCCAGGGCAAACCUAGGCGGAAGGCCGAGGUCCCAUUGUCGGCGCUGAGGUGUCUGGCCUGAGGUCAAUGGUGCAAGUAGUCGCCACCCGCACGCCUGCCUGGAGUGCUGGGCUGUGUUUAAUCAGGGGAUACAGGCCUCUGGGUUUCUUUUUUCUUUCAUCCUUUCUUCCUUGACCAAGAGAAGGGCUUACAGGCAUGGGCAUGCAGGUUGGCAACAGGGCUUGACUUUGGCUGAUUGAAAAAGUGAGAAGGAAAGCGUCAGAAAGAUUAAUUUUUCCUUCCUCUGUAAGCUACCCCAGCUUUAAAAGAAAAAAAAAAAAAAAAGAAUGACCAAGAGAAGGAAACUUCUCUUCCAGUUUGUGUAAGGUCUCGCAUUGCCUGACUGAAAUGUUUCAUUUACCUCUGAAUUUCCAUAUCCUUCUGGCUGUAGAUAAAUAAUGUAGUUUUGUUCAUACAUGUGGAAUUAGUGGGGUUUUUUUGUCAUUAAAAUCGUUACCACUGGUAACAUGAGACAAGCACACCACAAUUCUCCCUAUCUUGUGGAGUUGUUGUUUUUUUUUUUUUAAUCACCUUUAACAAUGUAUUUUUCUUUCUGAAAUUCACAGAAGCCUAGGAGGACUGGGGCAAGCAGAAUAAACUAGAGAAGGGAGACAUUGUUUGGAUUUCCUUUAUACUGUGAAGUUACAUGCAUAAAAGGGUCAAACCUGUAGGUGCAGAAAAAGAAAAAAACUAUAAAUACAAAUCUGUAUAAAUGUCUAUUAUUAUGAAGAAUUGCCAAUCUUGUUUUAAGCAAAUGCAUUCUAUCAUUAUUAUAAAUGUUAGUUCUAGCUCUAUUUACUUCUAAUCUUAAAACAGAAUAAAUUAAUAUUGUAUUGCUGCUGUGCGUGGAAAAAAAGACGAUGUUUAUGUUCUUAUAGAAUAAAAGCUGUGGAAUGAAGCUUUUUAAAUUU